AUGAACCAUGUUGACGUGGACCAGUUGCUCGAGGACUAUGCCUGGGCGCAUUUCAAGGAUAUUCAGUCACUUCGACGGACCCGUCUAGACGACUUCAAAUCCCUUGAACGUGACGACUGCGAGUUCAUUAUUAAUCGAAGGAAUCUCAUGUGGAUCAAUGAAGACCCACAGUAUACGGAAUUCAUACCGGUCGGAGCAAAACCGUACACUCUGUUCAAAUCCAUCUACACGAAUAACACUAACAGACCUCAGGAGUACUCAUUUAAAACGGAACGAACGACCGAGUCACUUUGUUCGAUUAGUCGAGAGCAGGGCUAUUCGAUGGGAGCCGAAGCUGAGCUGACCCUGAAGACUCCAUGUGAGUUCUCCUUUGGUGAGGCUGACACGAAUUCUCCGUUACUACUAAUCCAAUCAGCGCCACGUAAUUCCAAUUCACGCUAUGUUGCUAAGCGUUACAAAUGUUCGUAUCUUAUUGGAUGUGGGGGACUUUGA